CCAUUGAAAAACCGUUUGAAGCAACAACAACAACAACAAGUGUGUUUGCAGCAAGUGACAGUUCAACCGCGUGACCUUACCAUAAACACACAGCAUUUCGUCUUGUCGCUUCGAACGCUGUGCAUCAGAUAUUGAUUGUGUAAAAUUUGUUGCUCAAAAAUGUCGGACAAUGUGCCACGAAUUGCGUCUCUGUGCUCUAGAAAUUUCCACGCACGAUUAUUUCAAAAUAUCCUGGCAUUAGAUGACUUUCUCGAUGCUGUUCUAUCGGCGGAAGGUAAACGUAUCCAAGUACAUCGCUUUGUUUUAGCUGCUGGCUCCAAAUACUUCUACAACAUGCUACAUAGCAACGAUAAUUCAAGCCAAUUUCCGAUUUUCGUCUUCACUGACAUUCGAUUUGAGCACAUGAAACGCAUCGUACAGUAUUUGUAUACGGGUAAAACACAAAUUCGUAGCGAUGAACUCGAUGAAUUUUUCCGCGUGGCCAAACAGUUGGAAAUUCUUGGUUUGCAUCAUGAAAUUUCGCCCGGCGAUCUGUCUGUUAUUGGAUCGGAGUCAUCUGAACCAAAUACACCAAAUACGACAAAUACACCAAAUACAACAAAUGAUCAGGUUGACCGUUCGGCGCCAGUGCCGAACAAUACUUCCAGCGAAGAAGCGGGUGUUCAGACUGGACGACAACGCAAGCGAUCAUUGGAUUUGGACGGAAGAGUCAAUAAUAGCACUAAUAAUCCAGAGCCUGCAUCGAGUCGAAAAACGAAUGAUCGUAAACGUGCUCGCGUGGAAAAGGCUACUGAACCAGCGAAGGGUAAAACAGUGCACUUGCCCAAAUCGACGGAUAAAAUUCCGCCAGGUCAAUCGAACGGUACAUCGUCGAAAAGAAACAGGAAAACUGUAUCAAACACUGGUGCUCGCAAUGACACUGGCAAUGGAAAAGUUACAGAGAAAAAUGACGGCAAUCAACAAAACACCAUGAGCGGACCAAGUACACCACACGAAUCCAAUGACAACGAAGUGCGCGACAAGAAGGAAUUUCAAUGUCAAACGUGCCGAAAAUCAUUUUCCCUGCGCAUUCGUCUGCACAAUCAUUACAAAAACUCAACAUGUGAACCGCCACCAGAUAAUGAUGAGACCAUUUAAGCGGCAUCAAACGGCUAUGGACAAUUGGACAUCCGACAUUCAACUUGAUUCUCUUCUGGUGUAUACAUUUCUUUUUAUUUCAUUUUUCGAAUUGUUUGUUUCACUUUGCCGUUUCAAGUAAGACGUAACAAUUUUUCGGAAUGUAAACGAUUCCAUCCGAUUUACCAUUUUGAGCAGAAUAGCUGUGUUUAUAUUUUGCUUUGAAGUAGUAUCAUUGACAUUUGGCAUAGAUUCGGGUCAUGAUUUGGAAUUUAUAGAACGUUAUCAUGAAUUCAAUUGCUUGUAAUGGAAUCACGUUAAAAUUGACCUCUCGACAUACGUAUAUAUAUUUUUUUCGCUUUUAAUUUUGCUCAGGUGAUAGCAAACAUUAUAUACAAUUUUUUUUUUUGCUUCUACAUUAGCAUUUUGAAAUGUGAAUUGACGACUUGAAUUGAUUGAACGAAUAAAACAGAAAAUUUUUUGGUUCUUGUUAA